AUGAGCCACCGGCUUUCCCAGAAUGCAAGACACACGAAAGAUCUGCUCGAAGAACUGGAGCGAGACAAGGAGCUCGAUGUGCUUCGAGAGUACCUCACCCGGUUCGAGUUGUUUCCUCGACAGCGUGACCCUGCAGCGGCUCCUAUUCGGUUCGAAGAGCUAAAAGAACUCGCGAAGCACUGGAAACUGCAUCGCCAACGCAACUUUUGGAAGACCAACACGACCAAAGAAGACCUCGUACGAACACUGUACCGCCACAUCAACACCAGGAUCAUCCCACAAGACACUCGAGACGACAACAACGGCCAUGCAUCAUCGUCCCACGUGGUGAAUAGUCCCAGUGGGAUAUCACCCGCUCCUCCCCCACCACGGCGCCAUUCUGGGUCUUUUAUCGACGCGCCAAGGAAUCGUCCCAUACUGAAACCCACCCCACCAAGUCAAGGACCACGUGAAUAUAACGUCUUCAGUGGCUACAGCGGCGAUCUCUUCGGCCAACGUGGCAACUACGAAGAUGGGAUGAUUUACCUGUCACGCUUUCGAAAACCCACGACGCUUCUGAACAACGUGGGUGGACUGAGUGGGUCGCUUGAUAACGUCGUGGAGAGCAACGCGUCGUUAAUCAAUCGCCCGAGUAAGAGCAAAGAAGAAGACGACGAUGAAGAACAGGAGCCGAGUGCCGACGCUCUGGACUUUAGCGUUGGAAUGAGUCGCGAGAUCCGCCUAAAACAGGAAUGCGCCUUCAGUAUCUACCACUUCUCAACGAUCCCUGGCCAUGAGCGACAAAUGGUGACUGAAGGCUGUAUGCUGGCGCUGAGUAAGUUGGCGGUAUUCGAGGAUAUGGAGGUGAAGCGGUUCUGCGCGGCUGCGAUCUUGAACCUCUUGUGCGAGUCCGUACUUGGCACGAAAAUGGCGGACGAAGGUGUGUUACUAGCGUCUCUGGAGCUAGCCAAAGCGCAACACGAAGAAGUACGGCGUCACACGAGUAUGGCGUUGUGUCGCUUCUCCUACGAACGUGCAGGCCAGCUCCGUCUUGUACAGGAAGGCUGCGUGUCUGCUAUUGUCUCGAUGCUCAACGUCCCCGACUUCGAGACCAAAGAAGCUUGUGUCAAAGCACUCAUCAACAUCGCGUCGUCGUCUAGCACCACAGUGGCCGAGAGCGUCGUCCACGUGCUCAUGAAGCUUGCUACGCGUAAGGACCAAGCCAGCGCAAAGUUCGCAGCAGAAGCCAUCUGCAACCUGUCGCUAUUGAGUGGAUCUCGGGCCAAGGUAGUGGAGGAAGGAAUCCUCGAUACAGUAUGUGAGUUAGCUCAGCAAGCGUGCGUCGCUGCCGGAGCUGACGAGGCGGAAGACGGAGGUGACGUCGGAACUAUACGCAAGUAUUUGGCUACUGCUCUGUGUAAUUUAUCGGGUCUUUCGGGGAACUUGGAGCCCUUGAGUCACGGACGUAUCCUCGAGUGUCUAGGAGAGCUUCUCAAAUGCGAGAAACCUCGAGAAGUGCGCGAAAUGUGCGCAGUUACUAUCGCCACUAUCUCGUCAUACCCGCCGUCGCUCAAGAACUUGGCGCUCAGUGACGCGGUAGCGAAUCUCGUCGAGAUCGGAGCGCAUCAUUCCAGUACUUCAGUGCGUGAGAAUACGGCGCUGUGUCUGUCCAACAUGUCCGCUACAGCCGACAGUCGAGCGUUAUUGGCGCGCUUUGGCGUCGUGUCCUUGUUACUCCGCUUCGUGGAAGAAGACGAAGAUACGGAUGCCGGCGCCAGUGCCUUGGCUCAACAGUUCGCUGUCCUUACACUGUGUAGCAUGUUAGCACAUCCAGCGGCGUGUGUGGAGAUUCUACAGAGCAACAUGCCUGCAGCUAUUGCUAGACUGGCGAUACGCACCCCACACGACCGUGUUCGAGACUUGUGUGCCAACGCUCUGUUCAACGUAUCGUGCGAAAAGAGUCAACAUGGUGUUCUGCUUCAAGACGACACGAUCCGCUCCAUCGUCCGUCUCUGUAGGCGACAGGGAGAAGCGGACGAUGAAGCGUCUGGAGCAUCCGGACCCACGCCGUCCACGCCUGCCACUGCAGGACCACCGACAGUUCUCCUCCGGUACCAGGAGUGUGCGUUAGGUUGUCUCCUCAACCUCUCGUUCGCGUCGGACAGCAGAGCGGCUUUGUUACGUGCGAACGUGGUAGCAACGCUGGCCAGAGUCUUCAACAAACCGCCAGUUAAAGCCGAUGAGUUGCUGCGUCAAUGUGCUGGAGUUCUGGCAAACUUAUCCUUUGAUGCUGAAGCACGCGCACGUAUGGUGGCGGACAACGGCGUUCGCUUAAUCCGCCGUAUCAUGAGUGCCGCGAUGUCCUCAGCGGCAGCUGCAGCGUCUUCGGACGUCCCGGUGAGCGCGUCCGCCGUCGCGAUAAUCCGUGAGACACUACGAUGCUGUUCUACAGCCUGUUGCAACCUUGCAGCGGACGCUCUGGAGAAGACGCCAGUGCUGGAUAUGCUCAUCGACUUGUCGGCGUCUUCGUAUGGUCCCACAACGCUAACGUGUGCGAUAGCGUUCGCUAAACUGGCAUCUAGCGCGACACAUCGCGGUUUGCUUACACGCUGUGCCGAGUUGUAUCCGGCACUGACUUUAAUGAUGCGCUGCGGCGUGGAGGAUAUCCAGAUCUACUCAGCUGUAGCCUUGUGCAGCUUGGCUGUAGAGCCGCCAGCUGCUAAGCCGGUGGGCGUACGAUACGUGUGGAAGGAAGGCACCGUGCCUGACUUCAUAGUGAACGCGUUGUUGCGGAUCAACAGCGACUCCACCAAGGAAAUCUGCGCUCGUGCACUGUUCAAUUUGCUCACGCACGACGAGUUACGCGCCGCUCAUAUUAAAGACGGUGUGCUGUACGCUCUGGUGAAGCUGGCGCGGCUAGAGAGCGUAGAGAUUCGUACUCUGUGCGUCACAGCUCUGUAUAAUCUCAGCUGUGACCCGGCACUCGCAGAGACGUUGAUGGAGCUCAAGGUCGCUCAGGUGAUUACUAAGCUCUGCGAGAUGGAGUUCAGUAGCCAAGAGAUUCAUCGCAAACUAGCUGCGUGUCUGACCAACUUGGCUUCAGAGCCCAAGCCUCCGUCCGGUAAGAAGGUUAAUGACAGCACAGGGUCGAAUAGUUCCUCGAAUAUGGCAGUGAGGCUGGUUGAGAGCGGUACGCUCGUGGCUUUGCUGGUACUAUGCGAGCACGCCGACCCACCCACUCGACACGCUUGUGCCGCAGCGCUCUGCUUUCUAUCGGCUUACAGAGUCAACUGCGAAGCUAUGGCUACACUUGGACUAGUGGAUGUACUCACGAAGAAGCUGCUGCUUGCUCCAGUCGACGCAGGAUCUGAGAGUUCAGACGUGGAGCUGGAGCAGCGUCAACAACACGAGUACGCACUCAAUGCGCUGUGCAACAUUUCGUGCUAUCCAGCACUACACGACCGCAUGGAAGAGGCUGGAGCUGUGUCUCAAGUUGUACGCGUUCUUGCAUCAAACUCAAGCGUAGACGACAAUGACGAAGCCAUGGUGUUGGCAUGUGUACAGACACUAGCUAACUUGACUUUCCACGCGCGCCACCGGCGUGCGCUGCUCACCCACGACCUCGUGCCGACGUUGCUGUGUCGACCUCAAUCGCUGCGAAACGCACGUGUAGGUGACGUAUGCGCUGAGAUGAUCGCCGUCUUGUGUGAAGACUCGCUGCAUUGGCACGAGCUCAUCUCCACCGGUGCUGUCCGAGUCCUACGAGAGAUCAUUCACGUCUUUGAUAACUCGUCUCCUGUGUCUCCAACUGCUCUCCGUGCUUCUAUCUACGCUUUGAGUCAACUUGCUCGCUGUGAGAAGACUGGAGAGACUGUGAUAGCGGAUGGAGCUAUUGACGUGGUGGCGUACGCACUCGAUCUCAGUGACGAUGCCGGCAUUGAAGCGCGUCAAGAGAUGGCAGAGCGCUGUGCUAUUAUUCUCCGUGCAUUAUCAACUCAAGGGGAGCCUGUUUGCCUCACGCUCAUGCGUAAUGUACGCCUCGUACCGCUGCUUAGCACCAUCGUGACCACGUGCUGCCCCGGUCGGCGACAAAUCCAGGCUAGUAAACACGUUAUCCUAGCCUUCUACAACCUUACUUCCUGUCGUGUUAGUGCGGAUGACACUGAAGUGGAGAGCGCAGAAAGCGAAGGUAUGCGCGGGUUAGACGCCAUGGUGAUCAGCGGCGUCGUGUCAUUGCUCAUUCGCCUCUCUACGGGUGGUGGAAGUGACAUGGCGCCGGCAUGUGCCGUAGCUCUGGCUCAUGUUAAGCAUCGUAUCAAGGAGCGACUUGCGAUGAUCCAAGCACACGAAAGUGAAGGCUCUGAUCUCCCAAAUCGAAGAAAGUUUGAAGAGAUGGACAACUUAAUGGAGGCCGGCGUAGUGACGGCGUUGCUGGCCAUGUUCGAACUGGACCCAGCCGGCAUACAACGCGUCGACCGGCUAGCCGCCGCGAUGCCACCGGCACUCCCCGUCCUACGUCCUGCAACAGAAAAAGACUGGGUUUUCCUACCGGGCAACACGUUGCGAUACGAGACGCCAUUACCUGUCUGCUGGGACUUCCGCAGCUCGGCUGUCGACGAUGCACGGUUCGUGCCAGCAGAGCCGCGAUCGUUCCUGUCCGUGCUCGCGCCGGUUGUGCCGGCGUCCGGCGCUACCAUUCAAGACAAAUUGUUUGGCCGCUUCCAGAUCCUUAAAUUACGUCCGAAUAAAUGUGUGCUACGUCUCGAGAACUCGCGCUUUGCCAAGAUGGCAACGGCUCUAAUGGGUCAAUCUGGGUCAGCUAGAAGCAGUGCCAGUGAUCUGUCGGACGCCAUCGCUAUUGCGAUAGAUGACGAACAUGGAGACGAAGACUCGACUCACUCCAAAGCCAACAGUGCCAGGAACAGGUCGAUAACAGGAGCAACAGUCGAAGACGAAAGCGAGACGAGGAUGCCGUCGCCCGUGAGGAAGAAGCCAACGGGGCGACAGCUGAUGGCGAUGGCUCGAUCUUAUAGUAGUCGAGGCAGUGCCGCCUUCAACAUCAGCUCUAACACUGACAGCUCGGCCAGACGAGUGUCUAAACCUUCCACGACCACACGUCGUCCGAGCCGGAAUUUGAGCCAUGAGAGCCACAAUUCGUCCAUGACCAGCACACGCAACCUGAGCAACCACAGAGACUCAUCGCAUCGACUGAACAGUGACAGCUCCAGUGUCACGUUGCCCAGGAUCUAGUGGCUUCUUAAUUAAAAGCAUCUACAUGUA